UUUCCAUGUUUUGAUGAACACGUUUAGUUGCUGUUUUUGCGAGGAGCAUUUUUCUCUGGAUAUAUAAAAGAGAUAAAAGAGUAAACAAAUUCGAUAUUACCAAUCAUGAAAAAAAAUCUCGUAUACUUUCAGCACCUAUCGGAUAAAAAGUUGGAAUAAUAAAAUAUACCAAUGAGGCUAGGUAAACAAUGGACUCGUAUGUGUAUCUUGGACUGAAUGGUAGACAGUGGAUAUUUGUUCUAGAAUAUAUUACUUUGUUUUUCUUUCUGUACUCCUUAAAUACGAGUGCACGAUCGUUUCAUUCAUAAAGAAUAAAAAUUUUUGCGAACAUACAACGAUCUUCUAUUCAUUCAAAUAAAUUUUCCAUCAAUCGAAUUUCUUUACAAAAAAAAAGAAAGAAAAACAAGAUGCCACCAAAAGCAGAAUUCAAACCAAAACCCAACUCCAAAUCAGAAAAAAAUAAACCAAAGGGUGGUCACGCAAAAGAGGAAAAGCGUGCUGCUGAGAAGGCCAAGAAGGAAGCCAAAGCUGGUGGAGGUCCUAUUACGCUUGGAGGAAAGAAGUAA